AUGGGAUCAACGGGAAUGCUCGUCGCGGCGACAGUACUGCUCGCGAUCGUCCAUCGCGCCUAUCUUGCCGUCUACCGCCUCUAUCUCUCACCCUUGAGCACCAUCCCUGGACCCAAGCUCUGGGCCAUUUCAAGCAUCCCCUACCAUGUCACGACCAUUCGCGGCAACAUGCACCUCCGCCUUGUCGAUUUUACCAAACAGUACGGCCCCACCAUCCGCGUAUCCCCCAAUCAUAUUGCCUUCACUUCUCCGCAAGCCUUCAAGGACAUAUACGCCGGCACCACCAAGACCGCGUUCCCCAUCAACCCAAUCUACUAUAAUGCCCCGAUCAACGGUGUUCACAGCCUCCUCACUGCACCCGGCGACGAUCACGCCCGGCAGAGACGCCAUUUGGCGGCUGGUUUCUCCAAGGAAUCACUGCACGCCCAAGAACCCGUAAUCAGACGCUAUGUAGACGAUCUAAUGCACCGACUCUCCUCCGAAGCCCAAACCGGCCCCGUCGCGAUCAGUGACUGGUUCAAUAGCUUCACCUUUGACCUUACGAGCGAGCUGCUAUUCAGCGAGAGCUUCGAAUGCCUCUCCUCGGGGCGCUUGCACCCGUGGAUCGCGCUGCUGUUCGGGUCAAUCAAGGGGAUGGUGUAUAUCAGCGCGGUCAAGUGCUUCCCCGCGCUCGACUGGGCGCUGAUGAAGAUGAUGCCGCAGCACUUGAUCGACAUGCAGAGAGACCACUUCAACUUGAGCGCUGCGAAGGUAGAUCGGAGAAUUGAGUUGGGGAGCGGGAGGGCGGAUUUGCUGAGUCCGGUGUUGAGGAAUGGGGUGGGUGAGACUCACGGACUGCCUGUGCGAGAGAAGAGGCUGAAAACGAAAGCUGACGGGAGAAGCUUCAUCGUAGCAGGCAGCGAAACCACCGGCACCGCUCUCGCAGGAAUCACCUACCACCUCUGCAAAAACUCCACCACCCUGUCCACACUCCUCUCCGAGAUCCGCUCCUCCUUCCCCUCCGCAGACGACAUCACCAUCGACUCCGCCACCAAGCUGCCCUACCUCGACGCCGUGAUACGCGAAGGCCUGCGCAUCUACCCGCCCUUCGCCGCUGGAAACCACCGCGUGGCGCCCAAAGGCGGGGACUACGUCGACGGCCACUUUGUCCCCGAAGGCACACACCUCUACGGCUAUCACUACGCGCUGUACCAUUCGCCGGCAUACUUUGCGCUCCCGUCGGAAUUCUGCCCUGAGCGCUGGCUUGGGACUGACGCGCGCUUUUCGAAGGACCAGCUUGAUGGCGUGAGACCGUUUGGAUUGGGCCCGCGGAUGUGCAUUGGGCAGAAUCUCGCAUGGGCGGAACUGCGGCUUGUGCUGUGCAAUAUGCUGUACCGAUUUGAUGUGAAGCUGAGGCCGGAGUGCGAGGGGUGGAUCGAGCAAGAUCUGUUCUAUGUGUGGCAAAAGAGUCGGCUAAUGGUGGAGCUGCAUAGGAGGAAGUGA